AACAAGAUGCUCAUUGUACAGAUGGUGCCACUGAAAAGCAGCCUCAUGCUAAAAACCUUCAGGAGAAAGAAACCAAAUUAGAUGUGACUGCACAAAAUGACAGUAAUUGUGGCAUUUAUCAUGUUUUGACAGGUAAUAAUAGUAAAGAUUUUCAAGUUAUACCUGACGCAGGGAAUUAUAGCUAUCACAUGCAAAAACAUAAUUUAGUUCUAGCCGUUACCUCUAUAGCAGAUUGGGAUGAGCCAGAUGAUACUGACAUAAAGGAGCCAUACAAAAGUACUUUAGGGGACAUCAUAAGCCAAGAAAAAAGGAAGUGUAGAGCAAUGGCGGAAGAAACUGCCCCACAGUCAGAAAAUGUCAUGGAGAUCCUACCAUCCGAUUCUCAACAAAGAAUACCAGGGAAGAAAUCUAGCAUUGUUGAUGAUCUUUGUGCAAUUGAGAAAGGAAUGGGAAUGGAUAUUACAAGCUGUACACCUGAUUUUGGAAAUGCAGUAGCUACUAUAAAUGAGCAUGGAAGUCCAGGUAAUGACAGUCAGGGUGCUAGCAAAAUGGUAGGCAUUGUUUGUUCUCAAGAGAGGAAUCAAGAAGAUGUCAACAAAGAGUGUAGCAUGAAAUGCUCGGGGGCAGAAUUCUCUAGGGCUAGAAAUCGAAUGCCUACUGAUUCCGUGCAGACUAAAGUUGAGAAGGACAUGGGUGAACAAGCACCUGAACUGAGGCAGGAUCAGUACCAAAGGGUGGAAGAAAAAAAGAAGAUCCACAUUGUCCAAUAUGAGAGAGACACAGGACAAACAGAAAUAUCUGUUUCUCAUGACUUUGAGGAAGCUGAAGUGGAGCCUUACAUGCGAGCUCUAGUGGAUCCUGAAGAACAGAUACAUUCUUGGCUUCAUAGCACUGAUCUACAACAGAAAGAGCACCAAAAAAUGAAAGGAGAGCACCAGAUCCAAAUCACCCCUUGUGAAAGGGAUACCAGGAAAUGUCAAAAGUUCCUUGAGUGUGACCUAGAGGAAGUGGAAGUUGAGCCUUAUAUGAGGGUGCUCAUGAUGAAUACAGAAGAAAUUCAUUCUUGGCAUGAAAGCAUAGACUAUGUGUACCCUUACAGUGAACAAACUGGGUCGUCUACAGGAGAAUGUGUAGGGACAUCUACAAGCCACAAGCAUGCUGGAACAUUCACAACUGAUGAGAGUAAAAAUCUAAAUACAUCAGGGGACAUGAUAGAGGCCUCAGUCAAUAUCAUGCCUUCUGAGAACAGAUCUUAUUCUCAGGACAAGCUCCCACAGGGCAGACAUCUGCCACACCCUUUAGCAGAAACUCCAGAAGCUCCAUGUGCACUAAAAGAAGAGAGGGCAACAUUGCAAGAGACAUCCAAACUCUGCAAGGCAACCUCGGCUCACAGUAGUCUCGAGGAAGUGAAACAUAAGCAAGAAACUAUAAAGAAGAUGAUAUCAAAGGUGCAAAUCAAGAAGCCGCGUCUUGAAGCAAAAGAAAAUGCUUGCAACAGCACCAGUGGUCUUAAAAGAGUCUCGAAAGUGGAGCUAAGUCAGAAAGAAGAUAAGAGAGAACAAUGGAAACUGCCUUCAAAAAAGGACAGCAAAGCCCCCAAAUUGCUGAAGAAAAUCCAAGCAGAAUUAUUCCCUGAUUUCUCUGGAAAUAUCAAAUUAUGCUGUCAGUUUGUUGAAAUUCAUGAAGAUGCCACUAUUACAUGGAUGAAAGACUCUCAGCUUCUUGCUCGAGUGCACAGAAGGGCAGGAGAUGAGUUUCCUGUAUCCUUGGCAAUAGUUCAAGCUGGUAAGAAAGAUCAAGGACUGUAUUGCUGCUGCUUGAAGAAUACGUAUGGAAAGGCCACUACGGAUUUCAAACUGACCUCAGAAGUCUUGGAACAUCUUUCAAGUUUUCAAGAUGUUGAAGGCUUGGAAGAAAUUGAAUUCUCAGAGCUUAUGUUCAGAGAAGACUUCAUCUGUGAUAGUUACUUCAGUAACAGCCUGCAUGGGAGAAUCACAACAGAAGAGUUACAUUUUGGGGAAGGCGUACACCGGAAGGCUUUCCGAAGCAUAGUCAUGCAGGGCUUGGUGCCAGUGUUCAGCCCUGGACACCCAUGUGUUCUGAAGGUGCACAAUGCCAUUGCCUAUGGGACCAAGAACAAUGAUGAACUCGUUAAAAAGAAUUACAAACUGGCAUUGCAGGAAUGCUAUGUUCAGAACACGGCGAGAGAGUAUGCCAAGAUAUAUGCUGCUGAAACCAAACAAUUAGAAGGCUUCGGAGAGGUGCCUGAAAUCAUUCCUAUUUUCCUGAUCCAUCGGCCCAAGAGUAACAUCCCUUAUGCAACUGUGGAAGAGGAGCUGAUUGGAGAAUUUGUGAAAUACUCUAUCCGGGACGGAAAAGAAAUCAACUUCAUGAGGAGAGACUCAGAGGCAGGCCAGAAGUGUUGCACCUUUCAGCACUGGGUAUACGAAAGAACCAGUGGCAGCUUGCUCAUCACAGAUAUGCAAGGUGUAGGAAUGAAAUUAACUGACGUUGGCAUAGCAACACUGGCCAAAGGGUACAAAGGAUUCAAAGGCAACUGCUCCAUCUCCUUUAUUGAUCAAUUCAAGGCCCUCCACCAGUGUAAUAAAUACUGUGAGAUGCUGGGACUGAAACCCCUUCAAACCAGCUAUCAGAAACAGAGGAAGCCAGCAGUGCCCAAAUCCAAGACACAACAGCCAAGUUCAAGUACUGUAAAGAAAACGGCCGCCUGUGCACAGGCUGCAAAGAAAACAUAGGAAAUGUCUUACCUUCGGAAAAAAGGAGGAAACAAUCCCAUCGCCCUCACUUUUGCAAUAGGGCCUUUAUAGAAAUAUGCCCUGUGUCUUCUAACAUCGAGCACUCCAGUGAAUCCUCCAAGCAUUCAACAUUAUAUGAGUAGCCGUAAUGAUCAUAAACAAAGUUGUAGAGUGGAUAGAUUAGUAGGUCCCAACUAGACUGUCUUGAAAAAAAAAGAGAGCAUCCCAACGCCAAGCAGGGUUACCAAAGUCAUGUUUGUGGGGAUAUAUAAGUGGCUGGGGAUGAGACACAGUGUCUCUUUGGGAGAUGAACGUGUAGCCUUUGAGGAAAUCACAUUGAGUUGGUUUCUUCUGCAUAAUUCAGCUGCUGGAUAUAUAUAUAUGUGUGUACAUAGAACAUUUCAAGCCAAGUGAGCUGGAAAGUAGACAUCCCACAUCGUCCUUGCGGAAGGUUAUGUGUGAAUCUACUUCAUGUACAUCUUUACUCAAGAGGAAAAGAUGACUGCUGCUCCUUCUACAAGUUCCUGACUGUUCACUUCUCCAAUUGGCCCACGAGAGAACAGAUUGGACAAGUGGAUGAGGGACUCAUCUGAAACUGAAAUUGCUGUGGACCUUAGAUCAGCAUUUAGUUGAGUUUUGCACUGAUAUCCAAUGUGGUCAGUUAUUGUCAAAGACACAGUAGAGUAUAGAACAGUGGGAUUCACCAGAUGGCCUGGGGGCUGUGUGAGUUGCUUGUGACUCUCCCCUCAUUGUCUCAACCUUAGAAUUCCUCCACCCCCUCUUGUGGAAACAGAAAGUUUGGCUUAGACCUGUACACAUAGCUCUUCUCAGACAAUACACUGGCUGUCUGUGCACAGCUCUUUGUUCCUGCCCUUUCCCCACUUCAGGUCUGUGUUUUGCUGAGUCACCCCGACAACUCAUCCUCCACAUGCAGUAUCCGCAAGUGUUUACUUUUGGUUGUGAGGUUGCAGGAAAGCCUCCAAACAGGUUUUUUUUUUUUUAAAAAAAAAAGCAGUUUUGGAGGGAAGGUCGGGCACCAUCAUCAUCAUCGACUAAAAGCACCUGUCCCCCUUUUAUUUAUUUAUUUUUUUUACUUUGCAUAUGUGCAAGUGCAUGCAGCUAUUGCAAGCAGGCUUCUGCAGCAGAAUAGAAAUGUGAAGAAGGAAGGGAAAGAGCUUUGGGGGGAGAACUGGGCAAAGACUGAGAGGAGUAGGAGGUUUCUUCAGAAACACUUCAAAAUUCAUACGGCAGAAAAUGCCCCCCCCCCCCCCAAAGGCAACAAAAGGAAACAUCGGAGUCAGUGUGGUCCCGGUAAAGACACAGGAAACCCAGUGAGCAAAACAAUAUGCACAUGGUUGGCAACCGAUAACGUGUGCAUGCUUGGGGAAAAGCUGCCACAGUUCCAAGGGUGAACCGUAUCUCUAAUGAUGUGUGGGAACUGCCACUGUCUCAUCUAUAGCUAGUAAGAGAGAAAAAUAGGCACAGUGAUCGGGGGUACCCCUUGGUGGUGGCUUCAAGGAUGAGUUCAGUAUGGAUUAUGUACUUGCAGGAAGAGUUGGGGUUACCUCUUGUGAUGCUCCCCCCAGCCCAGUCUACUGCAUGUCUGUCUGGCAUCAUGUGAGGCCAGCCAUGAAAUCCCCAGGCCUAAGAAUAGGGAGAGAAGGGGCCUGCGCCACUUGUUUCCUCCCGCUCCCCUGGACUUCUGUUCUCACAACCAUGGAACAGCGCCCCAUGCUUCCUCCCUGGUCAGUUGUGCAAGCUGCUUUUUGUGGACUGAAUUUGGUCCUGCUUCUUUCCAGCCUUUUCCAAUUUCCUGCCCUUUCCUAUGGCCUGGCUUACCGGCAAAGGGAAGAGCACCCUCCUUCACUAAUGAUCCCCCCCUUUGAUCUCCAACUGGCUAUCCUAGGAGGCCUGCUGGAUAAAGCCUCCCCAUCAGCUGGCCGGGGCCUACCUCCUGCUUGGCCCACCCUUUCCCUGAGACAGCUGACAUCACCAGCUCCACCGUCUUGCUGCCUGCCUGCUCCUUCCGGCAGUGUGGUGCCACUGUGGCUGCUGCCAUUCUCCCCUCUGCCAGGCUGACCUUCUGGGGUUCCUGCCAUGCCUUGGUCUGCCAGCUGCUGUCCCACCAGGCGGGGCUCCCAGGGCUGGGGCUAGUAUGGUGAGGAGUCCACACAUGGGCGUGUCUCUGGACACCUCUUUUGGACAGAUCGUCUUGUGUGUGGAUCUUUGCAGGCAUAUGAGGAUAUUAGCAAUUUGACAACAUUUUUUAAAAAACCCACUGAUCAAGAACCCUUAUUUCUUUUCACUUCCAGCCCUGUUAGACAUUUCCUACAUUUCAGUUGCCCCCUAACAGUUUCCAGGUCAAUAACACUGUAAUUGUUUUCUAUCUUAAUUAUUUGCACAAU